GGUUUGUUCACUUGCACAGCGUUAACGUGUUUCCUGGUUUUCUGAUGCAGAAUGGGAUUAAGCUGAAGAAGACUGCAGAAGAAGAGGAGGAUGGGAUGAUCUCCAAUAAAAAGCCGAGGAAAGCGACACUGGCUAAAGAUAAGCUGUAUGGAUGCUUUGUCAAGUCUGCCACGCUGCUGUCUGGUCAGGAGCAGCCCGAGCCGAAAGCCUCCAGCUCAGAUGACAGCAGCAGCUCAGAUGAGGAGGAUGAGCAGAGGAUGGAUCUCUCCAGCACCACCAAGCUUUCUGACACUGACCUUAUGAAGGUUUGUGGAGGACGCACAGCUCACAAGGGAGCCAGGCACGGCUUGACCAUGAGCGCCAAGUUAGCCAGGCUGGAGCAGCAGGAGGCCGAGUUCAUGGCCAAGUAUGGAAAGAAGAACCAACCAGCAAGUGCUCCUCCUCCAGCCUCCCGUUUAGAGACGCAGGAGGAGAUGACGGCAAGCAGAAAAAAGAUGAAAAUGAAUGAGAUGAGUAGUGAUGGAGUGUGUGAAACUCCCACAACAGAUGUUCAACCUAAAAAGAAAAAGAAGAAGAAGGAAAAGAAGAGCGCUGAUCCCGAGGAAAGAACUGAUGAGGAUUUGAUCCGUGUAGAAAACUGUGAGGCAGACGAUUCGCACAAG